CAGUGAUGAUCAAGUAUUUCUCAAUUCUAGCUCGGCCACGUUGAGGGUCGAAGGCUUGAUGCAUUUGCGCUCGCCUGCAAAACAAAAAUGAUAUAAUGCAAUGCAUUGAGGUUGUUUGCACUGCAAUUUUGGCAUCAUUCCGCGUUAUGCUGCGGUUGUUCUGCCAGCUGGCAGCGGCAAAUGGCAGAAUCCGCCACUCGUACAUCAAACGGCGCCAAUAACAGCCCAACUGCAUUCAAACAAUGCACCGGUGAAAUAUUUUGCUGUUUGUCUUUGGCAGUCUAUAUAUCUACAGACUCACCACUACCAUGUGAGACUCGCUCAAGCUCGCGCCAAAAUCAUGAUCAAGAUGGCAGAUGACAGUGAUGAUACUUCCUCCUACGACACGCCAACCUCACAAGCUUCAGAAUCGCAAGCAUCUUCAGAAGAUGCCUCGUUCGAAGUUCAUAUGGGUCUUCUCGGUGCCCAUGGACCCAGAGACAGCAGUUCUGAGUUGGCAGGGGCGCCAAUCUUCACUGAAGCCAUUAGACAGCACGGGCUUAUGCUUUCUGAGCAGCGCCGCGGAACCGACGAGCCGUUCACCCAAUACGGCUUUCUUGGAGCCAUUGUGAGUGAUUCUAGUGGUGUAUCCAGACUCCCGGAUCCUCGCCUAUUCUAUAACGUGGCUGCCCCAUCCAGCAUAUUCAUUUGCGGAAGCCAGGGUUCUGGCAAAAGCCAUACAUUGAGCUGCCUGUUGGAGAACUGUUUACUCCCAUCUCGUGCCAACGUCCUCCCCAAUCCGCUGACAGGAAUCGUGUUCCAUUACGAUACAUUCUUUUCUGAUAACUCUGGAUCGCCAUGUGAAGCUGCCUAUCUGUCUUCCAGCCGAGGAUUGAGAGUCCGGGUACUGUGCUCGCCAACCAAUAUUCGUCAAAUUGAGAAAAUCUACAGUAGCCUCCCUAACGUUACUGUAGAAUCUCUUUACAUCGAUCAGAGUGAUCUCAACACAAAACGCAUGUUGGAUCUAAUGGCGGUUGCAUCAGUGCAGGGCGACGCCGCUCCGCUGUACAUUUCCACUAUUAUUCGCAUCCUCCGCGAAAUGCGUACUGAGCAGCAAGUCACUGGAGAGACUUUUAACUAUCAAUUAUUCAAAUCGAAAAUGGACUCUCUGGAGCUUGUUAGAGGCCAGAAUGGGCCCCUUGGGCAGCGCAUUGAUAUUUUGGAGAGCUUCAUGAAUAAAGAUCAAACGAACAGGCAUGUUUCUCGGGAAAUGAAAAAGAAUCAAGCUUCCAGAGACCGGAACAUCUGGAAACCAGUUGCUGGCCAGCUAACAAUUGUUGAUCUUUCGUGCCCGUGUAUCACUGCCGACACGGCCUGUGCGCUGUUCAACAUUUGCUUGAGCUUAUUUAUCGAACAGGAUAACAGUAUUGGUCGUGUAGUGGCCCUGGAUGAAGCCCACAAGUACCUGACAGACAGUACGGAAGCAACGCAGUUGACGAAUGCGCUUCUCUCGACCAUUCGUCUCCAGCGGCACGUUGCCGCGCGCAUUUUCAUAUCUACACAAGAGCCAACAAUAUCCCCAACAUUGUUAGAUUUGUGUUCGGUAACUAUUGUUCACCGAUUCUCAUCUCCAGCUUGGCUCUCCGUUCUGAAAUGUCACCUCGCUGGCGCAUCGAGUCUCGUGGAGGCUGAGAGCGGUGACAGAGAUCCUCUGUCUGGACUGGUCGAAGCCGUUGGCCCUCCUUCACCUGGAGUUACUGAGCGCGGCCUAUCGAAUGCAGCAAGGAUUUUCCAAAAGGUUGUGUCAUUGCAUACAGGUGAAGCGCUUCUUUUCGCUCCCAGUGCCGCGCUUGGUCUUCUUCCAACCGACGCCUUAGGACACAACGAGCGGGACAAUACAGCACCGGGAAGUUCGCUUGCAGAAGUUGGGCUAGCCACGAAACGACAAUGCAAGAAAUCAAUUGUUCGACUGGGACACGGUAUUUUGAAAGUAAGAGUGCGAAAUCGAAUAACCGAGGAUGGGGGUGAAUCGGUUAUGGCCUCGUAAGAGACUGUGGCUAGACUUACAUAACCACAUAUUGCUAUCUGUCGAUCUCUGAGAUUAGAUUUAGACCUAGCUAGUAGCUGAAGCAAAAACAAGUCGAG